AUGAAGAUUGUUAUUAUCGGUGGAGGACCAUGUGGACUUGGAGCUGCUUGGCGAGCUGAAGAAAUUCGACGUCAAGGUAACCAGACUAUCGACUGGACGCUAGUAGAAGCUUCGGCAGAUGCUGGUGGAUUGGCACGAACAGUCGUUGAUGAACAAGGUUUCUUAUGGGAUAUGGGUGGCCACGUGAUAUUUUCCCAUUACGCUUACUUUACUCGAUUACUCGAUUAUUUAUUACCAAAUCCAGCCGAUUGGAAUUCCAAAAUCCGUGAAGCUUGGGUAUGGAUGCGUGGAACAUUCAUUCCAUAUCCAUUACAACAGAAUCUGCAUCGUUUACCCAAACAUGAAAUCGUGGCUUGUAUCGAUGGUUUGUUAGAAAAUGAACGUCGCCGUUCCUCAUUUACUAAACCGGUAACAUUCGCCGAUUGGAUGGAACAAUCCUUUGGUCGUGGUUUGUGUGAUACGUUUAUGCGUCCAUAUAAUUUCAAAGUCUGGGCUUAUACAGCAGACAAAAUGAACGUCGAAUGGAUGGGUGAACGUGUAGCAACAGUCAAUCUUUCACGUAUCAUACACAAUGUUAUUUUAGGAAAAGAUGAACUCGGUUGGGGACCGAAUAAUACGUUUCGUUUUCCGAUGCGAGGUGGUACAGGUGCAAUAUGGCGUCGUCUAGCCGAAGUCUUNGAAAGGCACGCGACCAAAAGUCCACGUUCAGAAUUAUUAGAAAAAUCCAAACAAUUCCGUUAUUCAUCAAGUCACAUAUUAGGUUUUGGUCUUGAAGGACAACCGCCUGAACAUUUAUUGACAAAAUGUUGGUUAUACUUCCCUGAAGAUGAUUGUCCAUUUUAUCGUGCCACAGUCUUCUCGAAUUACUCGCCUUAUCACGUGCCUAAACCAGGUGAACAGUGGUCAUUAAUGUGUGAAGCUGCUGAAUCACCGGAAAAGCCGGUUGAUAUUGCAAAUAUCAUUGCCAUUACUGAACAAGGCUUACGAAAUACGAAGUUAAUCGAUGAAAAUACAAAAAUUCUUUCGCGUUUUCACAUUCGGUUAGAAUACGGUUACCCAACACCAUUCUUCGGUCGUGAUCAACUAUGCGGUCCACUUUUCGAUGAAUUCGAAUCGAAUCAAAUCUAUUCACGUGGCCGAUUCGGUUCAUGGAAAUAUGAAGUUUCGAACCAAGAUCAUUCGAUGAUGUUGGGUGUGGAAGUUAUCGAUCGCAUUGUUUUUAACACUGAAGAACUUACGCAUAAGUAUCCGGAUAUUGUCAAUGCAAAACGUGACAAUGUUGGUCGAGUGCCUUUCAUUCCAUCUCAAGAAAAAUAA